CCGAGAGUUGCAGGUGAAGCGAUUGGAGCUGUGUAGGUGCAUUUCAGCAACUUUAACUUUUCCGUUGAAGCGUACAUCUCACUACAAGCUGUUAACAGCCUCAGAUAAGGCCGAGCGAAAAGUAACCGAAGGGUUGGCCAGACGCAAAGCAAGUGUCAAUGGAUGCGACAGACAUCUUCCUGCAAGAGUUUAGCGCAGUUGAUGGUGUCUCUCAACCAAUAAACAGGCUAGAAAGGAAGCUCUUUGCGGCUAUACAAAAAGGAGAUCUGGAAAAAUUUAGGACUAUUCUUGACUUUUCCAAAACAAAAUGCGACCUGAAUUGUGUCAACAGCUCUGGUAAAACACUUUUACAAGAGGCAGUAGAUGUGGAAGAUGCUCCUGUCCGGAGCAGCAUAAUCAAGUCCUUACUGAGCGAAGGAGCUGACCUGGAUCUAGCCUUGUUAUACGUGGUACGCGUUGAUGACGUGAGAAGCUUGAAAAUUUUACUGAAAUUUUAUGGUCCUCCGUUGUCGGAACCUUUUCCACCUUUGUCUCCAUGCAUUAGAAAGUAUUCGAAACAAGAGCUCCACAUGACACCACUGAUCCUGGCGGCCUGUUUGAGGAAUUUCCAAAUUGUAAAGCUUCUUCUUGAGCACGGAUUUACCAUUUGUGAAUUGCAAAGUGAUUCUCAACGCCCCAUCGAAGUCGUCAGCGAGAAGCUGGGACCUGCCAUGCUCCGGUUGAACAGGUAUCGAGCUCUUGCAAGUCCUGUGUACAUGGCGGCUUCAUUUCUGCAAAACCCGUUCAGCGGUCCGGAUCCUGUUCAUCGCGCAUGUGUUCUUAACAAGAAACUGUCUGACAUCGCUGAGCAGGAGUAUGAAUUCAGAAAAGAGUAUUUGGCUCUCAGCGAUGGCUGUAAAGAAUUUGCCGUGGAUCUGUUGAAUGAAUGCCGCUCAAUGAAAGAGAUCAGGUGUGUUAUGGAGAUGCAGAAUGAAGAUAAAGCGCUGCCACACGUCCAAGGAAAGCUCAGUCUGAACAUUCUGGAGUUUGCCACUGUCACGGAAAAUGAAAAGUUCGUCAGUCAUCCUUACAGCCAGCUUGUGUUAAAUUCCGAAAUAUACAGAGAUGUCCCAUUCUUGGAGAAAAGUUCAUGGAAGCAGUUUAUCCUGAUAUUAUUGGCUUUCGUCUGGUAUCCUUUGUUCUUCAUGGUUUGGUUGGUGUUGGACACUUUUUUUCCGAAGCACGAAGUGUCAAGGAUGUUUCACUCUCCCUGCGUAAAAUUCCUUGUUCAUUGUGGUUCCUAUCAAACAUUUCUUUUCAUGCUGUUUUUGUCUUCAUUUAAAUUUCAGAGCGAUUUUCUACAGUACGCCAUAGCUGAUUGGGUAAUUUUCAUGUUUGUGCUCGGACAUAUCGUGGAUAUUGUCAAACAAUUCUACCACGUGGGAAGAGUCCGUUUCUUUUCCAGCCAUUGGAACUACCUGGCUGUUGCAACAGUGUUAUCAUUUGUUCUUCAUUACAUCUUUUGGUGGUCUGGUCGCUCAGUCCUUGUAAAGAAACUGGAAACUAUGACGUGGGCCAACCACGCCGAUGAAUUUUCGUACACGAUCGUAUUGGUCUCCGACUGUUUUUUUGCAGUGGCAAUCCUGCUGGCCUUUACUCAAAACCUGGCCUUUAUUCAGGCCAACGCGACAAUUGGUCCUCUACUGCAAGCUUUCAUGAGAAUGAUGUUUGAUGUAAUGAGAUUUUUCUUUUACUUUAUAUUUGUCUUUCUCGCGUUUGUGGUGAGCUUCACCAAGCUCUACUUACAGUAUGCUAAGGCCAGACAGUAUUUCCUUACGAGUUCAGGUGAUUCAAAUCAAACAGAUCCUCUUCAUCUUGAAAGUAUUUUAGACAGUACAAACACGAUCUUUUGGUCGCUGUUUGGUCAGAUAGACCCCAGCAGUUUCAAAAUCUCCGAAGCGGAGUAUGGUGUUAUUUGGAGAACUGGAAUGACCUUAUUUGGUGCCUUUAACAUCACAGCAGUGCUGGUAGCCCUCAAUAUGCUGAUCGCGAUACUCAACGACUCUUACGUCCAGAUAACGGCCAACUUGGAUGCUGAAUGGAAGUUAACAAGAACCAGAUUGUGGUUAAACUGGAUUUCCAAGAAGGGCGUUCUUCCUCCACCAUUCAACUUGGUGUAUUUGUUUGUUCCCAUCGUAUGCUUUAUUCAGCAUCUUAUCUCAGCUUGCUGCUCAGAGAGAGUCUUAUUACUUUGGAAACGACUUUUGAAAAAGAAACAAAAAAUCAGCUGGAAAGUUGACAGAAUUAACGAGAAGGAGAGACGAGAAGUGAUUCGCAGCCUUAUCCUAAGGAAUCUGGCGAAGAAAUCAUACCACACAGAGGCUGAAACUGAGCCAGUCGACUCCGACGAAGAAAAUGAGAACGAAGUGGCUGUUACCGUGUUAGAAGACAAUUGUUUACACACCAGCCAAGUAAGCAUAGAGAUUCUUCAGCCAGAGCUAGCAGUGAAUGGUAUUUGUUGGCAUCCAGUGAGUAAAGGGGAACGAAAGCUUUUGAAGGCAGUAGCAAGAGGAGAUUUGGAUAAAGUUAGAAUUGUGUUAGGUUCCUCACUGAAAUGCAGUGUAAACAGUGUAAACAACUCUGGUAAAACAAUUUUACAAAUUGCUUCAGAAUUAAUUGAAUCUACCGUCCGAAAUGACAUGAUUAACUUGUUACUUCAUGGUGGAGCCGACUUGGAACUCGCCUUGUUGCACGCCGUGCGCGAGAGUGAUGUGAGAGGUGUUGAAAUUUUGCUCCAGUUUCACGAUCCUUCAUCACCAAAGCGGAUGUCUCCGGAUUCAAUGAGCUUAAAAUACCAACGUCACUUCACGCCAUUGAUCCUGGCGGCCUGCUUGCAGAAUUUCAAAAUUGUAAAACUCCUCUUGGAACAUGGAUUCUCCAUUCCCAAUUUACCGAUUGAUUUAAAAAAGCCUGUUGGCUCAGAAAUCAACUUUGAUGGAAAACUGGGACUCACUUUGUUUCGUUUAAACAGAUACCGAGCUUUGGCAAGUCCCGUGUACAUGGCGGCGUCGUUUCUCCAAAACCCCUUCAGCGAUCCUGAUCCUGUCCAUCGCGCAUGCGCUCUUAGUAAGGAAUUGUCUCACAUGGCCGAACGGGAGCAUGAGUUCAGACAAGAGUAUUUGGAGCUUAGUGAUGGUUGUAAAGAGUUUACUGUGGAUCUGUUAAAUGGAUGCCGCUCAAUGAAAGAGAUCAGGUGUGUUAUGGAGAUGGAGAACGAAAAAAGUACACCAUUAAACACGGAUGGAGUGGUUUUGAACAUUCUGGAAUUUGCCAUAGUUACCAGAAAUGAAAAGUUUGUCAGCCAUCCUUACAGUCAGCUGGUAUUGAAGUCAGAAGCCCUCAGACAUGUCCCAUUCCUGGAAAACAGCCCAGGGAAAAAAUUUACAGUGGUGCUUUUAUCAUCACUUUUGUCUCCUUUGAUCUUUGCGAUUUGGCUUGCUUUCGAAACCUUUCUGCCCAGACACAAGGUAGCCAGAAUGUUCCAUUCACCUUGUUUAAAAUUUCUCACCAAUUGCGGAGCUUAUCAAAUUUUUCUUUUCGUGCUUAUUUUGACUUCGUUCCAACGAGACACGCAGUUCCUGGAAUAUUCCAUCACUGAUUGUAUUUUUGUGGCAUUCGUCAUCGGACACUUGGUAGAUUUUGUUAAAGAAGUUUUUCAACAAGGAAGAGUUCGCUUCUUUGCAAACAAAUGGAACUAUCUAGCUGUGGUUAGAGUGACCUUGUUUGUUCUUUGUUACGUCAUGGGUUGGUUUGCCCGUACAAGUAUUGUAGACAGAGGGGAUUCUUUGCAAUGGGAGAACCAUAGCGACGAUCGUUCCUACAAGGUUGUGCUGUUUUCCGAGUGUGUUUUUGCUGUGGCAAUACUUCUUGCAUUUGCGCACAACUUCUCAUUUAUCGAAGAAAAUGCCGUCAUGGGCCCAUUGUUACAAGCAUUCAUACUGAUGUUGUUUGAUGUAAUGAAGUUCUUCUUUUUUUUUGUUUUCGCUUUUCUGGCAUUUGUUGUGAGUUUCACGAAGUUAUACUUGCAGUAUGAGAAAGCUAAGGAUCAUUUUAUUUCAAGUAAAGUGAUCACAAACGAAACAGACCCCUUGCACCUAGAAAGGUUUUCAAGCAGUGUUUCCACCAUCUUUUGGUCUUUAUUCGGCCAAAUCGACCGUGACAAUUUUAAAAUCGACGAGACAGAAUAUGAAACAAUAUGGAGAACAGGCAUGGUGCUGUUUGGUGCGUUCAACAUUGUAGCAGUAUUAGUUGCUCUGAAUAUGCUAAUCGCCAUGUUGAAUGAAUCUUACACAAGGAUAACGACCAACUUAGAUACUGAGUGGAAUUUUACCAGAACAAAACUAUGGUUAAGCUGGCUUUACAAGAAAGGUAUUCUCACUUCCCCUUGUAAUCUUCUCUACCUGGUUCUUCCACUUUUUUGGGUUUUAAAGAAUCUUUUGGGAGUUUGCUGCCCAAGAAAAAUAAAGAGACGAGAAGUGAUGCGCCAUCUAAUCCUGAGGAACUUGGCUAAAAAGUCAUGUCAUUUAGAGUCUGGUAACGAGUCAGAUGAUUCGCACGAAGAAUAUGACAUUGAAAGCACCGUCUCAUUUCCGAACAAUGAUGGCACUGGAAACUUUUCCCAUAAGGAAAAUGGAUACACGGGAAAAACGUAUUUGUGA